AUGCCAUCCAAGACGUCGAAAUAUGUAUAUCAUGGUCAUAGCAAGAUAAUUUCCGGUGUUAUUGCAGUCCUAGAAUCUACCAGUAAACCACUUUCUUUACAAGAGCUGGUUGAUGAAAUGACUAGAAGGCAAUUAGUGGUCUUUCAUGGUGCAACGCCACGCAACACCGUAAGUGGUGAAAUCAGUAAGCUUCUCAAUGCGGUUGGUCCCAGCAAUGCACCUAUCCUCAAAGUGAAUCAAGGCAAACUUACCAAAUUUUUCUUGCGACCGCGUCAUCAACAAGAUACGUUAAAACAGGUGCCGAACAGCAAAAUUCAAAAGAGGCACUCAUCCCGUUCUAGUCGCAAUAAUCAUCACCUUCAGGCGACCACCAUGUCAUCAUCUGAUGUCCAAAGUCAAAAAGAGCGCGUUCUUGAUCAAAAGAAACGCCGUCAGAUGGAAGAUCUCAA